GGAUUCUUUAAAUAAAGUCACCUGGAGUGUGCCUUGGAAUUGGCAACACCAGAGAUGCUGGAAAUCCAAAGCAACAAACUCAAAGUGCUGGAAGAACUCAGCAGUCGGAACAAUCUGGAGCUGAACACGCUCAAGACAAAGGAGAUGAUAGUGGAUUUCAGGAGACAUCCCCCCGUUAUGUCCCCCCUCACAGUCCUCGGCAGCCCUGUGUCCACCGUGGAGAACUUCAGGUUCCUGGGAACCACCAUCUCUCAGGAUCUGAAGUGGGAGCAGAACAUCAGCUUCAUCCUGAAGAAGGCCCAGCAGCGGAUGUACUUCCUGCGGCUCUUGAGUAAAUAUGGUCUGCUUCAGGAAUUGCUGCUGCAGUUCUACACUGCAGUCACUGAGUCUGUCCUGUGCACCUCCAUCACUGUGUGGUUUGGAGCCGCCACCAAGCAGGAUAGAACCAGACUACAGCGCACAGUGAGGACUGCUGAGCGCAUCAUUGGAGCCUCCCUGCCCUCUAUUGUGGACCUGUACUCUUCCAGGUUGAAGAAGAGGGCGGGGAACAUCAUAAAGGUCUCCUUCCAUCCUGCGCACAGACUGUUUGAACUGCUUCCAUCUGGUAGGCGCUUCAGAUCCCUCCAGACUAAGACUAAUAGGCACUGGAGAAGUUUUUUCCCUACUGUGGUCACUUUGCUGAACAGUUAACUGCCGGUUAACUGUCGGCUAACUAUUACUUGGAUUGCACUACCUGUAUGUAUAAUCUAUAUUUUCAUUUAUAUUUAUCAUUAUUAUUGUUAUGAGCAGAGAGACAACAUCUGCCGGAAGUAAAUUCCUUGUAUGUGUACAGGUACUUGGCGAUUAAAGUCUGAUUCUGAUUCUGAACACGGGGAUAUGCUGAAGCCAGACACACAUUCCAGUGCCAUCAUAGAGUGCUCACCAUGUUCAACAGAGCAGGAACACAACAACUCAGAGCACAACAUGAGCACCCUGGGGCAGCACAACGCCUCACAAUACCAGCGACCCAGGUUCAAUUCCCACCGCAUCUGGUGAGGAGUCUGUAUGUCCUACCCAUGGAAUGCCUGGGUUAUCUCCAAGUCACACAGUCCAAAGUCGUAGCGGUUGGUAGGUUAAUUGGUCUUUGUGAAUUGUCACAUGAUUCGCGUGGGCUUAAAUCAGUGGUGGGGGUUGUGGGGGGCGCCUAUCCCAUGCUGUAUCUCAAUAAAUAAAUAAAUAACCAAAACAACCAAAAGAAGCCCCUUUGUCCCCCACUCACCCACCCUCAUACACGGGCAGUCCUCCGACUCACAGCGUGUUAUACAACCAGUUAGAAUGCUCUCCGUCAUACUUCUCUUGAAGUUUGUAUGGACCUAUAGAGCAGCAACUGGAUAGUUAUAAUUAGUCCCACUUCUCUGCUAAUAUCCUUAUUUCCCUUCUAAUCCUUCUGCCAAUGAUUUUCAAUCCUGUCUGAUUUUUGACCCCUCAGCUAAGCGAAACUAUUUACACUACCUAGGCCCCUUGGAAUUUUACAAAGUUCAAUUAGGUUUUGUCUGGUCCAAACAAAAUAAAUCAGGCUUAUCCAAUCUGUUCUCGAAGUUAAAGUUUUCCAGUCACAACAAUAUCCUGCACUGAAGCAUCUUUCCUGUAAUGGAAAGAGAGAACACUGGAACUACUCAGCGGGUCAGGAAGCAUCUAUGGAGAGAGAAACAGUUACCGACUGGACAGCCAGGGUGGAAGUGGUUAAGACAAGGUGGCAUAACUUUAAGGCAUGAUUGGAGGAAAGUAUAGGGGGGGAUGUUAGAAACAAGAGAAAAUCCGCUGGAAAUCCAAACAGAACACACAGAAUGCUGGAGGAACUCAGCAGGCCAGGCAGCAACUUUGGAAAAAAGUACAGUCAACGUUUCGGGCCGAGACUCUUCGGCAGGAUUGAUAUCAGAGUUAAGUUUUUUUAAGUAGUGGACACGUGGAACGUAGUGGCGACAGAUACAUUAGAGACAUUUAAGAGACUCUUUGAUAGGCACACGGAUAUUAGAAAACUGGAGGACUACUGUUAUGUAUUUGUAACUUCAAAACAUUAAACUAGUUUAAAGGAAGAUGCGGGAGUCCGAAAUGUGGGUCUAACUUUGUGUUUAAGCGAAGUGCACACUUAUCACACUUGUGUGAUGACAUAUGCAAUUCACAUAUUUAUACAUAAAACCCAUAAUGAAUUAUUUAAUCAAACAAGAAUACUUAAUCAAACUAUGAUUACUCAAGUAUUAUUGAUACUUAAUCAAACUAUGAUUACUCAAGUAUUAUUGAAAUAUUAAAUACAACAAUUAUGGAGGAUGGAAAAGUUAGAUUGAUCUUGGAGUAGGAUAAAGAUUGAGAUAAUAACUCAUCAGGGGUGAUUGAUAAGUUCAUGGCCUAAUGUAGAAGGAGAUGAGUUAUUAACUUCAAACUUUCUGCAUAAUCACUCAAAGAGUUGAACUGCAUGUGCAUGUAAUGAGAGCUGUAUAAUCUACCUUAGGCCAUGCUGUGGACACUUUCUGGAGGUCCAAGAUCUGUAUGCUCCAUGACUGCCGGACUAAGUGUGUAAAUGUAGGAAGAGACUAUGUUGAAAAAUAAAUGUGUUAGGUUUUCUAAAAUUGACUCCUUCUACUUUGGGCCAUGAACUUAUCAAUUACCCCUUGUACAUGAUUCACUAGAAGUGCAGUCACAGGUAGACAAGGCAGUGAAGAGGACGUUUGGCACGCUGGCCUUCAUCAGUCAAGGGACUGAGUACAGGAUUUGGUACGAGGCUGCACCAGGAGUCCUCUGUACAGUUCGAGCUACCCUGUUACAGGAAAGAUGUCAUUAACUUGGGAAGAAUGCAGAUUGAGAUUUACAAGAAUAUUGCCAGGUCUGCAGAGCUUUUAGGAAGAGUUUUGGACAGGCUAAGACUUUAUUCCUUGUACCAUUGUAUUUGAACUUGUAUUCCUUUAUCUCCUUGUAGGAGAUGGACUGGUGACCUUAUUGAAGCACAUAAGUUCAUGACGGGUACAGAUAGAAUGAAUAUAUAUAGUCUUAUUCCUAGGAAAAAGGAACCAAAAGCCACAGGUUUAAGGUGAGAGGGGAAAGAUUUCAAAGGGACCUGAGGGGGCAACUUCUUUUCACAGGUAGAGAGUGUUUGGAAUGAGAUGCUACAUGAAAUCCUUGAGGCAGGAGGCAGGACAUGGGCCAAAUGUGGGUAAAUGGGACCAGCUCAGGUCAACAUCUUGGGUGUGCUGACAAGUUGUGCCAAAAGAGCUGUUUCUGCAGGUCGUAGAUUAUGACGGAACUUUGACAGAAUGCAUGCUGGGCUGAGAAGUGGCAGAUGGAGUUCAAUCCGAAAUAUUAUGAAGUGAUUCAGUUUGACACCAAUCGAAUGGACAGCCAGAGACUUUUUCCCAGGGUGGAAAUGGCUAAUAUAAGGGGGCAUAACUUUAAGUUAUUUGUAGGAAAGUAUAGCAGGAAUAUCAGAGGUAGUGUUUUACACAGAGAGUGGUGGGUGCGUGGAAUGUAGCUGCCAGAGGUAGUGGUAGAGGCAGACACAUUGGGAAGAUUAUAGAGACUCUUAGAUAGGCACGUGGAUCAUAGGAAAAUGGAGGGCUAUGGAGGAGAGAGGAGUAGAUUGAUCUUAGAAUAGAGUCAAAGGGUUGGCACAACAUUGUGGACUGAAGGACCAGUACUGUGUGGUACUGUUCGAUGUUCUGUGAUGUGUUACUCUAAGUCUCUAUGAAACACCAAUAUCAACAAAUAAAAAAGGAACAUUGAGAG